CAUCUAUGGAAAAUGAAUCGACAUUCGUAGCACCAGAGGGUGUCUACACCAUCACAGAGGAACACAAGCCUAAUCUUGUCCAGGCCCACGCAGUCAGUGCCGGUGUCGCCAUAUUUCCCACCAAAGUCUCCACUGUCGUCGUCCGAUUUCCACCUGCAAAGCAAGGCAGCAGUCCUGGCUUUGCCCAGCUAUUAGGAGGUAACAAGGAUGUAAAAAAGGAGAAAGGGACUAAGGAUCGCGAGGAUGGCGCUAGUCUAUCAAGUAGCGAUACUUUUGACGAAGUCGACCCACAGGCUUCAUCAACCCAAGAACACGCGACUGGCACAACUUCUUCAGUGGCCUAUGAGCACCAUACCUUAUUCUCUCAUCCCCCUUCGACAGGAAAGAAGAAGACAUUGGCACGGCCAAAGCACAACAUGCGAACUACGUCUUCCACAUUCAUCACUAGAAUGCAAACCGCGGAAGGUCUCACAAGAACUUUGCAAUCGAAGCAAGGAGAUGUGACCUUCUUGUUCUACAACGUCGCAAAAAGUUUUGUUUGGAUAGAUCCAAGUUCUAGGGCAAAAGAACCACACUCAAGAAUUACAUUUUCCGCCCAUCCUACCUGCCACGAUGUGAAUAUGUCGACCGUUUCUUCUGAGCAUCUAGAUGUGAUCAUUGGAUUUAACACUGGAGAUCUCGUGUGGCUAGCUGUCCGAUGGGUUCCUUCGUCCUCCACCCUCUUUCUGGUUUCACACGCUGAUGGAACCAUCAUCGUCUAUGACAAAGAACGAGACGAUGGCGUCUUUUCACCUCAAGACCCCAACUCUCCAUCCCCAGACCUCGGCAAUAUACCCGACCCCGAAGAUGCGACAUCUCAGAAAGAAUGGAAUCCCACUGAUAAUAUUUUUGUGACGAUGCCACCAUGGCAUCCAGUUGCAUCGGGAGGAAAUGUGUCUCUCCCCGGGAAGCCGGAAAAAGAGAAAGCAGCUCGAAAUCCUGUUAGCCACUGGAGAGUUUCACGACGCGCUGUCGUUGAUUUUGUACUCUCGCCGGACGUGAAGUAUGUAGCCGCUAUAUCAGAAGAUGGGUGCCUCCGAGUGAUCGAUACAUUAGCAGAGCAGGUUGGUCUAAUGAUUCUCAGGCUCGUUGAUUGCUAUGCAUCUUAUUUCGGAGCCUUGUCAUGUGUUGCCUGGUCUCCAGAUGGAAGGUUUAUUCUGACAGGUGGUCAGGAUGACUUGUUGACUAUCUUCUCACCUUGGGAGCAACGAGUUAUAGCUCGAUGCCAAGGGCAUUCUUCUUUCGUUUCGGCGGUAGCUUUCGAUGACCUCCGCUGCGAUGGACGAACGUAUCGGUUUGGCAGCGUUGGGGAGGACAACAAGUUGGUUUUGUGGGAUUUUUCUAGCGGUGCCCUUCAUCGCCCUAAAUUCCAACCGUCUCAUCAUCAGCGAAUCUCCAUGUCAUCAACGAUUUCGCUGGCUUUUCGACGAGACCGAUCAGCACAGCAUCUACCGUCUGUAGGAUCCUUGGGCGCAGACGUCUCAUCCCCUCGGUACCACCCCGCUCCUUCCCGGAACGAGAUUGCAGUUCUCCAACCUGUACUUAAUCUCAAUAUUCGCAAUCGCGGAUAUGGCUUUCUGGUCCCCAUCGGUCGUUCCCUCACACAGCAGGAGGAAAAAAACGAUGCAGAGGAUGACACAGAUGAUUCUGGUUCGAAUCAGUCUGGAGGCGCCCCUUCGGUGUUGGAGGAUGAUGGAGAGAAUGAAUCCGCUCAGGACUUGGAUGCAAGUAUGGAAGACCUCGAUGAAGAUGCUACGGCCGAUACAGAAGACAACGGUGAUGGAGACGCGGACGAUAUGGACGACGGACCCUCAGAUGCGUCUUGAAAUUCUGCCUGAAGGGUUGUAGCGACGCACGGUUCAAUUGCACACCAUCGUUCCGCGUCCUUCGCACUGUCUGCACUAGGUCUUCAGCGCUUCAGCAUCUUCAGGCCCUGUGUUUCUAUAAUACAAGCUAUGUAUGUAUACAAAUUUACUUCAAGAAUCAUUACCAUCAAACAAAAAUGUCCAU